AUGGCAGCGUUUGUGCUCGCACGACGGUCGCCUCGCUCCCUGCCGCUGGCUGCUGCCCGCCUGUGUCAGCGGCGACUCUCGACCGAGCCGGCGUACGCUGUCGAGCCGUACCGCAACCUCCUUAACGCGACGCAGGAGCAGCGCUCCUCCUGGGCCGACGCCGACGCAACGCUCCACGCGGCAAUGCGCGAGCAUGUGCCGGCGGCGCUCGCGCACAACGGGGAGGAGGACUUUGACAGGCACCUCGUCGGCGUGCAGUCCGUCCUCCGCUCCUGGGGCGCGGCGGAGCGACUCACAAACGCCGCGCUCUUCCACUCCAUCUAUGGCACCGAGGGCUUCCAGGGCUACGCGCUGCCCUUAUCGCACCGCGGCGAGAUCGCCGGCCUGAUCGGCGCCAAGGCGGAGCGGCUCGCGUGGAUCUUUUGCAUGGUGGACCGCGCCACCGUGGAUGCGACCGUCUUUGCCGCGGCCGAGGGCGACUGGCCGGCCGAUGGCGUCGAGUUCGCCUUUCGCGCCCGGCCCGAGCUCGGCGCCUUCCCCCUCCCCCUCCGGUCGGGCGGGACGCGUCACUCAGAAUGGCUCGACUUUCUCACCCUCUCGCUGGCGGACUGGCUCGAGCAAGGCGAGGCGUGGGCUUACCGGCGAGAGAGGAGUGCGGAGAGGGGCGCUGCUGUGGAUAGCGUCUCGUCACGCCAGGAUGCCGCGAAUAGGCGCGAGGCGUACGCAGAGAUGGCGGCGCUGCUCGCCCGUCGGGCGGACCCCGCCUUCCGGCGCAGCGACGCCGCCGUCGCCCUCGCGGCGCCGGCCAUGCACGCCGAGGUGUUUGGGCGCGAGCCGAGCUGGUCGCGCGGCAUCUCGCAGCCAACCACGCCGCCGAUGGGCGCCGCCGCCCUCGCGGCGCACGAGGCGAGGGAGAGCGCGCGCUGCGAUUUUGGCUGA